ACUUCGCCAUUUUAACGCAUCGAAUUUUUAAACGCUGUCUGUCACUCCUACGCGUCUCCGCAAUAUGUCGCGUACAAAACAAAACUGUUUGCAAGUGAAACUAAUUCUGGCUGCGAUAAAUCAAAAGCAAUAUUGCUCGUAAGAGACAAUCGAUCGUUAAACUCCUGCGUGCAUAGUGGUGCAUAUGAGCGAGCGAAUGGCUUAAUCGAGCGUUUUCCCGUCCAGCCGGAAAGAUAACCUUCAAAAAUCGACAUUUGGCACAUGGAAAAUGCCGCGCGCCAAAAGCUUUCCGCAGAAACUAGUCAAGGUGACGAGCUCUCACCCGUCGGCGAACACGUGGGUGUUCCUGAUGAAAGAUGGCAAUUUGGACAGCACAAGAAGCCAAUCUGAGAUAGUGAAACUUAGACAUCCAGCUUCUGAUAAGCCAGCUAUAUUUGUAUUUGGCGCUGGAAAUCUCACAGUUCAAGAGAUUUUAAUCUUCGAUGAAAAGAAAAGAUCUUGGUUUAUUGAUGAUAAUGUCAAAUCUGAUGGAAAAUUGCAUUUAUCGACACCAAUUGAUCCUAUCUUUUUGGCUUUACCAUACUUGAGAAAGUCACAACUAGCACAACCUUUGGAGCAAUGCCUCUGGGAUGAAGAUUUUCCAGAGACUUCUCGACUUGCACAAUGUGACAACUUGAAUCUAUCCUUAGUUGCCGAUCGUAAAGGAGACGAAUCACUACAAGCUUUCAAGUUUAAUGAGGAGAAAUCGUUAAAUUGGUUGCAAAAGAAGGUAGAAAAGGUAGCACAUGUAUUAAAAGAAAAAGGAGUUCAUGUAUCUCAAGGUGCUAUGAGUGCCACUUAUGUUAAGAGUACUAUAUAUGAAAUUGGUACUGAAGCAGAAUACUUAAAAUAUGCACAUGGCAUUGUGUCAGAAUACCUUGCUGAAGAUCUCUCAAAGAAACUGGCACAACGUAUGAAUAUAUCUGAUGAAGUGGAGAGUAAAAAACGCAAGCUGAAUAGUCCUCAAAAUGAAACUGAUGAGAAGAAGCUUAAGAAAGAUUCCUUCGAAGAAAGUCCAGUGCCAAAAGCAAAGAAACAAACAAAAACUUUAAGUAAACCCGAAAAGAAAAGCACUGCCCCUGGUAAAAAGGAAUUAGCCAAACAGAGAGCAGCGGCAGGAUCUAAAAGCAUUACUAGCUUUUUUCAGAAGAAAUAAAUAUUAAGAAAAUAUAGAACGAUUUUAAAGAUUAAUGCAUUUAUAGACAUUUAUUACCAUGUCGUACACAUUUUAAAAAAUUUUAUUGCUAUAUACGUGUAAUCCAUAUAUUUAACAUAAUGUAAUGUCCAAGUUGAAAAUUGUAAUAUUUUAUUGAUGAUUAUGUAACAGAAAGUAGUGUUUUCCAAUAUUUCAAUAAAUUUAUGUAAUAUUUAAACACAAUGUAACGUAUAACAAUAAACAGUUAAUAAAAGAA